GAACUCGCGAUAUCUUCUUGCAGUCAAAAGACGUACAAACCCCCUCGACAUCAACCAGGACGGCCAGCAAAGCCGAAUACACCACACACCAUGCACAUCAAAACCGCACAAUCAGCUCUCCUCUCAAAUCAUGAAGUCCUACUACAUCUGCAAACCGAAAGUGCAGAGUACGACGGAACAGACGACACAAACCGCAAGCGCAGACCGCCACCAGGCCUCAAGGAAAUCCUCCAAGAUGCCCAGCAUUACCUCACAUCCGCAGACCUCCCGCUCAGCACUCUAGCCACCAAAACCCGCCCAAAACGCCCCCUGACACUCUACCGCGGCCCAUCCUCGCUUCUCCGCGCCCUGGCCCCAAAAUACCGCCUCAACAAGACAGAGUACCUGCAAAUCUACAACACCCGCCCCCGCACCCAGGUCACGCUGCAACUCGUCAUCGAGGAAGCCGGGAUCCGCUUCACCGAGGAAGAACUGGACGAUAUGCUGGGCAUCAUCGAAGGCGUGUUCGAGGAAGAAGAAGGGCAGAUUGAGAAGGGCGCUGAAGGGGUGAGGUUGAAGGGGGUAGGGGAGGGCAUGGUGGGUGGUGGGGUGGGGAAGAGGAGGAAGAAAAGGGGUGGAGAGUGACGGCUGUUUCUAAAUCCAUUCUUCUUUUGCUGUUGUAUUGUCUUU